CCAAAGAAAUGGGGAAGAAGAAAGAGAAGAAGCCGGGAAAGGGGAAGGAGAAGACCGAGCGCAAGACGGCUAAGGCGGCAGAGAAGCGUGCUCGUCGCGACGACAAGAAGGUUUCGGAUGAGGAUGACAUUGAUGCGAUCCUGGCUAAAAUCCAGAAGGAGGAAGCAAAGAAGAGCGACGUUCACGUCGAUGAGAAUGUAGCAGCGCCUUCACCACGAUCCAAUUGCUCUGUGACUGUAAACCCCGUCAAGGACACUGAGCUGAUCGUGUAUGGAGGUGAAUUCUAUAACGGUGACAAGACUUACGUUUAUGGUAAUCUCUAUCGAUACAAUAUCGAGAAGAACGAGUGGAAGCUUGUCACCAGUCCAAACAGUCCUCCCCCGAGAAGUGCUCACCAGGCGGUUGCAUGGAAAAAUUGGCUCUUCAUUUUUGGUGGUGAAUUCACGUCUCCAAAUCAGGAGAGAUUUCAUCACUAUAAGGAUUUAUGGAGACUGGACCUAAACACAAAUGUGUGGGAGCAGCUUCAACUAAAAGGCUCCCCAGGUGCUCGUUCCGGACAUAGAUUGGUUCUCUACAAACAUAAACUUAUUCUAUUUGGUGGAUUUUAUGACACGCUGCGGGAAGUAAGGUACUUCAAUGAUCUUUACGUGCUGGAUUUAGACGACUACAAGUGGCAAGAGAUAAAACCCAAGCUUGGAGCUGCCUGGCCUUCGGCUAGAAGUGGUUUUCAGUUUGCUGUUUAUUUAGAUGAGAUUUUCUUGUACGGUGGCUAUUUCAAAGAGCCUGCCCCUGACAAAGAUCAAUCCGACAAAGGUGUAGUGCUCGCAGAUAUGUGGACGUUAGAUCCACGGAAUUGGGAGUGGGACAAGGUGAAAAAAUCUGGUAUGGCUCCUGGGCCAAGAGCAGGAUUUUCUAUGUGUGUCCACAAGAAACGAGCCAUCUUGUUUGGUGGUGUAGUUGAUACUGACGAUAAAGGUGAUUCGCUGCACAGCGUUUUUAUGAACGAGAUGUAUGCUUUUCAGAUGGACAAUCGCAGAUGGUAUCCUUUGGAGCUUCGCAAGCCAAAGAGCCUCAAGAAUAAGAAGAAAGUGGUCAAUCCAAAUGUGGAUAAUACGUCUGUAGAAGGAGAAGGCGUUGAGAGUCAAAUGGAAGCUACAACCUUGGAAGACGAACCCACGACUGAGUUCCAGGUUGUUAAGCCUUGCGGUAGAAUCCAUGCUGGAAUGGUUGUUGGAAAGGAUACUUUGUUUCUGUAUGGAGGUAUGAAAGAAGUCGGGGAGAAAGAAGUGACACUCGACGACCUUUUCUCGCUGGACCUGAAUAAACUCGAUGCGUGGAAGUGCAUUAUUGAGGAAACACAAAGUGAAUGGAUUGAAGUUAGUGACGAGGAAGGUGAAAGUGAUGAUGACAACAGUGAUGCUGGAUCGAUUAGUAAUGGAACAGAUGACGAGGAGGAUGAUGGCGAGGUAGAUGCAGCGGAGUCAUCGCAACGAGUUGAAGAGGCAGCUGCUAUUCUGAGGGGCGAAGGCAAAAGACUGACACGAAAGGCACGGAAAUUAAAGAUCGAUCAAAUGCGGUCCGAGCUGGGCCUAGCUGAUUCCCAACGAACACCCUUGCCUGGGGAAACGCUGAGAGAUUUUUUCUCCCGGACGAUCAUGUAUUGGCAAAUGGCUGCUUACGACCACACCCAACACACUGGAAAGGAGCUUAGGAAGGAUGGAUUUGACUUGGCGGAGACACGCUACAGAGAACUUAAACCCGUCCUGGACGAGCUCGCAAGACUUGAAGCCGACCAAAAGGCCGAAGAGGAAGAAGAGGCUACCAAACCUUCCAAGAAGCGCAGCAAUAAAUGAAUAGAUUACAGUUAUUCUCAAAGGCAUGGUAGUGUCAACUUUCUUCGUUUUCUAAUGCCAUUGACACGAAACCAA